CCGGCGCCGCGGCCCCCCAUGCGCCUCGGCAUGAGCACGUGUGGCAGGAAGGCUCUCACCCUGCUCAGCAGCGUCUUCGCCGUCUGCGGCCUCGGCCUCCUGGGCAUCUCCGUGAGCACCGACUACUGGCUCUACCUGGAGGAGGGCACCGUGCAGCCCCAAAACCAGACCACGGAGAUCAAGAUGUCGCUGCACUCGGGGCUCUGGAGGGUCUGCUUUUUGUCAGGUGAAGAGCGUGGCCGGUGCUUCACUAUAGAAUACGUCAUGCCCAUGAAUGUCCAGAUGACGUCUGAAUCCACAAUCAACGUCCUGAAGAUGAUUCGUUCUGCUACUCCCUUCCCUUUGGUCAGCCUCUUUUUCAUGUUCAUUGGUUUCAUACUGAGCAACAUCGGCCACAUUCGGCCUCACCGGACCAUCCUCGCCUUUGUGUCUGGAAUCUUCUUCAUCCUGUCUGGUCUGUCGCUGGUGGUGGGGCUGGUCCUGUACAUCUCCAGCAUUAAUGAUGAGAUGCUCAACAGGACCAAGGACUCUGAAACUUUCUUCAAUUACAAAUACGGAUGGUCCUUUGCUUUCUCUGCUAUCUCUUUCCUUCUCACAGAGAGUGCCGGCGUGAUGUCCGUCUACUUGUUCAUGAAGAGAUACACGGCGGAGGACAUCUACCGUCCUCACCCCAGCUUCUACCGGCCCCGCCUGAGCAACUGCUCCGACUACUCGGGGCAGUUCCUGCACCCGGACGCGUGGGCGCGGGGCCGCAGCCCCUCGGAUAUCUCCAGCGAGGCGUCCCUGCAGAUGAACAGUAACUACCCGGCGCUGCUCAAGUGCCCCGAGUAUGACCAGAUGUCCUCGUCCCCGUGCUGAGCGCCACGCGCCUCUCCCCGUCCUCGCCACGAAGACGGCGCCGUUGCGGGCGCCCCGGCUCCGUUUGUCAUUUUGUAGGCCACUAUUUCGGGGCAAUUCUGUAUUUAUAGGAUCAUAAAUAUAACAGUAGAGAUUGGUUAUAUAGCCAAUAAUAUAACCAAGACAAUUGGGAUAUUUUCCUUUAUUUAUUUAUUUUUUUUAAUCGUUCCUGUAAGGCUGAAAUCUCUCCAAAGCCCUUUUCUUGCAGCUCUUCCACAUGUGCCACGUGCUGCUGAGCAAGUGGUCGUUCUGCGUGUGGAAUAAAUCCAGGGCUGGGCUAGAGAAAAGGGAGAGAAAAGAUAAUCAAUUAGAACAAAGAACAUGAAGAAAAUGCGUUUUUUUUGUUUGUUUGUUUUAGAUAGGCUGCAAAAGUUUGUACAUUUGGCUGAAUCAUUUAUUUGUGGAUUUACUGCCCAAAGGGCAGUUGGACUAAAGCAUUUGUGUCAAUUUACAAGUAACGGUCACCAUUAGAAAAAUACAAAUUGUAACUUGCUUUGAUAUUUACUGAUUGAUACCUCUCUUUGCUGGGUUUUAAUCAGGCAGGAACAGGAACUAGCUCAAUUACACGUCACCAGGUCAAGGAGGUUGUUUCUGUAGAGCUACUUGCAGACUAUUCCCAGGUUAGACCCUCCUGCACCUCAACCCAGGGAUGCCUUCGUUUUCCAGCGUGGGUCAGACACCCAAAUUUACUGGUCCAAUAGUCUGGAGGUCUAAAGAGGAACUGGGAGAAUUUCAGUACAGCUGAAAACUACCUAAAACCAUCCCAUAGGAAACUGUAGGUAGAGAGUUAAGGGAAAUUACGGCUGCCUGAGAGUGACCUGGAUGGAAGUGCAAAUUAUUUAAAGCCAAGAUCCCAAACUGGUGUAAAGUGGCAUAGCUGAAAGUAAUGAAGCUAGUCCACUGUAGCAAAGUAAUUGUCUCACAGUUUAUUGUUGCAGAACAUGGUAUUUUAGCUGCAUCGUGCAUUACUUCUUCUGAGUCUUAUUUUGAAGUUUUUAAUUUUACAAAUUUCCUAUGAUGCACUUUUGUCUUAGAGGACCAAAAACUGCCAGGGUGUGAAUAUCAAUCUAAUUGUAAAUGAAGGAUGGGGAGCAGAAAGGUAAUGCUCCCUCAUGCAAUCCGGUGGGAAGUACAAGGUUGUCACCUUGCAGAAGAAAGCUUUGUUAAACCCCUUGCUUCUGUUCCUCUUAUUUUACAUGUUUUUGAAAUUAUACAUUUGCUCAAAACAAAGCCCUCCAGGAUUCUUGGUACGUUUGAGCUUGUUUCAUCUCAUUGUAAUUUAAACAAGUAGAGUAUAUGCACUUUUGGACCUUAUUUGUAACAUAAUAUGUAAUGAAUGUUGCACUGUUUUAUUAUUAUUUGUUUAUUAUUUAUUAAUGACGCCAAACUAGGGUCCAAGUCUUGCAGUAGCAGCCACUAUCCACGUUGACUCUGACACCACAGGGGUCUGUGGGACCUCACUAUAGGUGUAUAUGCCAGACAAUUCUCAUACAAGAUUAUUUCUUGUCCAGUUCCUUCAAACAAGGAAAGUAAUGUAUAUUUAGUGUCAUUUUCCCCUUAAUUUGCUAAGUUUUAAAACUA